GGCAAUGCAGCCGGCGAGGAGGGUGGCUUCGGCCGCGUGAAAGGCUCUUUGUGCCGGCACUCGGGGUGGGGUCAACGCGGGCGAGCGGACCCGGAGGCUGGGCGUCCCGGCCCACCGCUGCGCGCCCCUCCGCCGCCGCGCUGCCCAGAUCCGGGAGCCGGAGAGAUCGCGGCGGCUGCAAGGGCGCACGCCUUCCCGGGCGCUCCCUCACAGUCGGGGAUCCGGGAGGGCGAGCCCCCUCUCCCCGGCGUCCCCCCAGGUUCCCGCCGCCCCCACGAGGGAAAGAGAAGCGGGCGCCGCGCUGCCUCGCUCAGCGCCCCGGCCGCGUGGCUUGCGGCUUAUUUUCCCAGCUGGCAAGCGUCGUGCUGCAGACAAGGGAAUGCCUGUGGUGCUGCGUGUUCCGGAGCUCAGGGGUCCCCCGAUCCCGCCAAGCCCCCUCCAGGAGCGGAAGGGUUAAGAAUGAUGAGGAAGAAGAGGAAGCGGGGCGCGCCCUCCGGCCCAUGCCGCCGCCCCGGCCCGGGACCCGCCACGGCGCCCUCGCCGCCGCCCUCGCCGGAGCCCACGAGAGCUGCAUGGACGGGCAUGGGCUUGAGAGCAGCAUCGCCCUCCUGCGCCGCCGCCGCCCCAGCCUCCGCAGCCGCUGCAGCCGGGGCUGAGCCGCACCGCCGCCCCCGCCGCCGCCCGGGGCUCGGCCCGUCGCCCCUGGCGCUGCUGCUGCUGUUGCUGCUCAGCCUCGGGCUGCUUCACGCAGGUGACUGCCAGCAGCCGGCCCAGUGUCGAAUCCAGAAAUGCACCACGGACUUUGUGUCCCUGACUUCGCACCUGAACUCCGCCGUCGAUGGCUUUGACUCUGAGUUCUGCAAGGCUCUGCGGGCCUAUGCUGGCUGCACCCAGCGGACUUCCAAAGCCUGCCGUGGUAACCUAGUCUACCAUUCUGCUGUGUUGGGUAUCAGCGACCUCAUGAGCCAGAGGAACUGUUCCAAGGAUGGACCCACGUCGUCUACCAACCCGGAAGUGACCCAUGACCCUUGUAACUAUCACAGCCACGCGGGAGCCAGGGAACACAGGGGCGGGGACCAGAGCCCUCCCAAUUACCUUUUCUGUGGCUUGUUCGGAGACCCUCACCUUAGAACUUUCAAGGAUCACUUCCAGACAUGCAAAGUGGAAGGGGCUUGGCCACUCAUAGACAAUAAUUAUCUUUCGGUUCAAGUGACGAAUGUGCCCGUGGUCCCCGGAUCCAGUGCUACUGCGACAAAUAAGAUCACCAUCAUCUUCAAAGCGCACCGGGAGUGUACGGAUCAGAAAGUGUACCAGGCUGUGACCGAUGACCUGCCGGCCGCCUUCGUGGACGGCAGCACCAGCGGCGGGGACGGCGACCCCAAGAGCCUGCGGAUCGUGGAGCGGGAGAGCGGCCGCUCGGUGGAGAUGCACGCGCGCUACAUGGGGACCACGGUGUUCGUGCGGCAGCUGGGCCGCUACCUGACGCUGGCCAUCCGCAUGCCCGAAGCGCUGGCCAUGGCCUACGAGGAGAGCCAGGACCUGCAGCUGUGUGUGACCGGCUGCCCCCUGGGCGAGCGCAUCGACGACGGGCAGGGCCAGGUGUCCGCCAUCCUGGGGCCCGGCCUGGCCCGCGGCCCCGCGGCCCCGGCCUGGCCCGGCUACACGCUGGAGACGGCCAGCGCGCGGUGCCACGAGCGGAUGCCCGUGAAGGACAUCUACUUCCAGUCCUGCGUCUUUGACCUGCUCACCACCGGCGACGCCAACUUCACGGCCGCCGCGCACAGCGCCCUGGAGGACGUGGAGGCGCUGCACCCCAGGAAGGAGCGCUGGCAUAUUUUCCCGAGCAGCGGCCGCGGGGCUCCCGGUGGACGCCCCCUCUGGUCUGUCAGUCUGGGACUCACAUGCUUGAUCCUUGUGUUUUUGUAGGGGAUUGUCUUUUUUUUUUUUUUUUUCCUGUUCCGUUUCUCCUCCUGUCUAUAACAAAAUUUUUAAAAAAUAUAUAUUGUCAUAAUAUAUUGAGUAAAAAGAGUAUAUAUGUAUAUACCAUGUAUAUGACAGGAUGCAGGAUGCGUGUGUCCCGGGAUGCCCACCUGAUUUGUACAUAUCGCGUUUGGCUGUUUUCCACGUAACGUUGGAUGUAGUGUUCUUGGACCGUUACCGAUUUGGGUUUUUUUUUUUUUUUUUUUUUUUUUUGCAGUUUUGUGAAAUGUUUUAUAACGUCCCUGCCCGGGGAACUGUUAGAAAGCACUUUAUUUUUUAUAUAUUAAAUAUUUAUGUGUGUACCUGGUCAGUACGUAUAUAGUACACGCGCACAGUCAGCGUAUGCGGCGCGCCUUUGGAAGAGGACCGGCGAGCUCGUUUGCAGCUCUUGCUGGCGGUGCCCUCCCGGCCUUGGCCAUCGCCACGCGCCCACCUUUCACCUGCUGCCCUCCUGGUGCGGCUGCCUCGUUCCUUGGAACUAGGUCCUUGCCCGCUUCUCCUGCCCGCGCUCCACGUGGAAGGGCUGUGAACCGCCCCGCCCCACCCCCGACAGGUGCUCUUGGCUGUUAAACACUGAUUCUAGGAAGCACUGUCCCUCCUGGACAUCUGCCACUCGUUUUCAGCGGGUGGGGAGAACGUUAGCAUGGUUCUUAUUAACUAGGAUUGUUAUGUCUGAGCACUUAGAGCAUGGUAGGUUGGACCGUAUGAAACUGCUGUUUUCCUAGGUCAGGAGGGGCUCGAGAUGGCAACGGGUAAGGAGAUAGCAGGCAUCUUGCUAGAGCCCGCUCGGACUUUCGUCAUCCCUCAUUCCCUGCUCAAACUGUCGCUUUUCGCGCCUUUAACUCCAUUCUACAUUGAACAAAGAAAGUGCAAACACCUCAGUGGAGCGAUCGUGCCUUGCUCUUCCCUCUGUGAUGUGUACAAGACCGCGUUCUCAGCCGCCUCCUCUGGCUGUCUGGGCUUGUACUUACCCGUGUCUACACCCAGUAAGCCCUCCCCAGGCUCAGCGUAAGAACGGGGAGCCCAGGAACUCCGGUGUAUAGAUUCUUUCAUGUGGAGACCCAGACCCCAUCACACAAAGGUUUCUUCUUCCUUGCCCCCACACCGUGGUCUUCCUCAGCCUCCGACUUUGCGCGUGUGUGUGUGUGUGAUGGGAUGGACUGGGGUGCUGCCCACAGAAAUGCUUCCUUGGCCUGACCUUGUAGGCAGCUUGACUGGGUGCUGGGUUGUCAGACAUUCUCAUUGACCAGAGCUGCUCCCCACAUGGCCUCUCGAUUUAAUCACUUUCCCUCUUAAUAGGCGUAGGUGACUAUUGGUUGCUCAUUUAACUUUAUAGUGAUUUCACCGAGCUACAGGAGCAACGCCUUCCCUCUUCCAUCCCUUCACUGUUGGCACCUCUUAAAACCACCAACACCCAAAGGCAAGAGCAGUGUGUGAGAACAGGAACUCCAGGAUAGGUAGGUUUCUAUUGUUAUACCUAAAAUGUAAAUAUCUGGUUCCAAGAAUUAGUGGUAGAGUUUGUACUUGAAUCAUUUGUGUAAAUGGAAACAUGGUGAACUUGAAAGGCCACAGAGAUUCGGGUCAAGGUUGUCCGUAGUUUUAGUUGGCCGGGUUAAUUUCUUCCUUUUGAUGAGUGGCACUGCCAGAUUUGGUAGCAAAGAGGAUGUCCCUUCGUGAAAGUUCUGUUUCUUUGUGAAUUGAUCUGUCGGUCACAGCAUGGAGCUGUCGAUUCACCAGAAGUGGCAAAGCUUCUCUUGAACCCGUCUUCCGACGUACAAGAGAAUGAUCUCGGCCAGUCCGGGAAAAUCCCGAAGGCGUCCUGCCUCUUACUGGGCAAAGAUGCAGCACCAGAGAGCUGAAUCCCAAACCUGUUAUCCUUGUAUCAAAGCUGGACGGGGGCCUGCCUUCCAUCAGCUCUGAACCGUGACUGCUUUUGUUCCCUUACGGAAUCACGUGCCCAGGUCAGAAGCUGUAGUUAGCAAGUACUUCUGUUAUGUAACUGAGUAGAAUGCAGGAGAAAAAAUAUUUAGGGUACCUCUAACCACUAUUUUUGUGCAAAUAGUAUAAAGGUGGAAAACGGUAGAAGUUUUCUACGAUGUCUGGGUUUAGUGUGUACAUGAUGUAACAUACCUGUGUCCUUUUCAGUGAAAGUAAAACAACCACCUCUCCUAAUAGCUGGGAAAAGGAAACCGGGUGGUUUUGCCGUAUCCUUUACCUGGAAAAGUUGCAUCACAACUCUUAGUUCCAGUGGAUUUGGCUGUUUUCCCUUUGCAGUCCGUGUCUCUCUGUGACUCUGAAGUCUUCCCCACGGAUAACUGUUUCAGAAAUACAGGUAUUUGUCUAGAGAAGGGCCUGGCUUAUUUUCUUCUGUUUCUUUCAUAGAAAGUCUAGAGAGAAAAAAAAAAAAAAUGCUCCUUGCACAUGUUGGUUUUUGAAAUCCCCCACUUAACCAGAAGCGUUCUGGGUCAUACUCACACGUUAGGUAGGAUGUCUUCUGGGGGAGCUUAUCCUUGUGGGAACACUGGUUUUCACAGAUGCACCACAUGGCUGUCUGAAGACUCAAAACUUUUUUUUUGUCCUUUCCUUCUCUUUGUUACGCUCGGAAACCCCCACAUUGUGUUGAGUCUUUGCAAAGAAAUCUUUAGAUGUGGUUCAUAAGUAUAUGAAUAAGUAUCUGUGUAAAACAGUGAGUGUGCAGUGUGUAAAUACUUUAAAUUAUUAUGGUAGAAAAAUAAAGUUACAUACCCUGCUGUGGAA